AUGGAAAUUCGUGAUAAAAAGGGGAUAGAAAAUCUAGUUGCAGAUCAUUUAUCAAGAUUGGAAAAAGGAGAAGAGCAUAAUGUGAAAGAGGAGAAAAUUGAUGAAAAUUUUCUGGAUGUACAGUUAUUUUCGAUUGAAAGUGAAGAAAAGCUACCAUGGUUUGCAGAUUAUGUCAAUUAUUUGGUGGCUAAAGUUGUGCCUCUGGACAUGUCAAGGAAACAACUCAAAAAGUUAUAUUCGGAAGUCAAACAUUAUUAUUGGGAUGAGCCCAUGCUUUUUCGUCAUUGUGUUGAUCAAGUAGUUAGAAGAUAUGCUAGUGCCUUUGUUAAGAGUUGUGAUCAUUGCCAAUUGACUAGUAACAUACCAAGAAGAGAUCAAAUGCCGAUGAAUGGAAUUUUGGAAGUUGAGCUGUUUGAUGUGUGGGGAAUAGAUUUUAUGGGGCCUUUCCCAUCCUCUUAUAAUAAUAAGUACAUUUUGCCGGCAGUGGAUUAUGUUUCUAAAUGGAUGGAAGCUGUAGCAACUCUUACUUGUGAUGAUCUAUGCGCUCGUUUUAGAGUUCAUCAUCGAAAGACUCUAUUCUAUCAUCCACUUGCUAAUGGUCAAGCAGAAGUGUCAAACCGAGAGAUUAAAAGUAUUUUGGAGAAGACUGUAAACACAUCUAGGAAAAAACUGGAUGGUUCAUUGUGGGCAUAUCGAACACCCUUCAAGACUCUAAUUGGUAUGUCACCAUAUUGGUUGGUGUUUGGGAAGGCAUGUCAUUUACCGGUGGAACUUGAGCACCAAGCUUAUUGGGCAAUAAAAAAGUUGAACGUUGAUUUAUUUAUGGAAGGACAAAAUAGGCUUCUAGAGUUGAAUGAGCUCGACGAAUUUCGAAAUGAAGCCUAUGAGAAUGCAAAGAUUUAUAAAGAAAAGUCUAAGGCAUUUCAUGAUAAAAGGAUAAUUACAAAGGAUUUCCAACCAGGAGACAAGGUGUUAUUAUUUAAUUCUCGAUUGAAGCUUUUUCCAGGAAAAUUAAAGUCGAGAUGGUCGGGUCCAUUCAUAGUUGUUAUUUCAUUGCCUUAUGGAGCGAUACAGAUUCAUAGCGAGAAUACGAGACAUUUUAAAGUGAAUGGUCAGAGAUUAAAGCACUAUUUGGAAGGACCAAUGGAAAAAUGCAAGUCUGUGUUGAGUUUGGAACCCCUUUGA